AUGGCUGACCCCGUACCUUUCCGCACGGCCAGUGCCCAAAAGAACAUGGGAUCGUUUCCCCCACCCGUUUACUACAGGGAUACCUUUGGACUACAGCCAAUAAACAAUCAUCCUUUCAGCCAAUCCAUCACGACCAUAGAUUCUGACAAUACGGAUACAAGCAAAUCUACAGGUAAUCUUAUUUCAUAAAGACGAGAUUUUAGUUCGCACAACUAUGAACAUCUACCAUCCGAUAUAUCACAACAACCAUCGUCUCGUGGAGAGUCAAUAUACGGAUCAUUCAACAUAUCAAGUAAGGCCAGAACAGACACAAAACCAUCAAUCCCUUCAGGUCGAACAAAUCGUCACAAAUCAAGUAUUGAUCCUGCAUGCCCGCGCAUUACUUAUCCUUAUUUUAUGCGCUUUUGGAGCAGCUAUUCAGCUGGUAAGACAAAAAUUCAAGAAUUUCUAUAACGCAAAUUUAGCUUAUGUUUUCCAUAAUCUGCAUUCUGUUUGACGGAUCCCCUUACUACUUCUCAUUGAUAGCAAGUAUUCUGUUCAUGCUAAACUCGUUUCUCCUCUUCUAUUUCCUCAGAAAACACCACUCCAGAAACCUUUUAGUAAGCAAAACAAUGAAAUCAGAAUGUUUUUAGACAAUUUGUUGCUUUACAACAACAGCCGUCUUCAUAAUUUCUGUAUUUCUCUUCUUUUGGACAGCUUAUCUUAUAUACGAAGAAGACCAAAAAAUACGAAAGGAUGGAUUCGACUUUUCUCAAGCCGAUUUACAAACCACCAACCAGAUCGUGGUAAAUACACGAGUAGCCAUGUAUAGUUUACACAUGAUCUUCACUCCUAUCCAAGGUAAAUAAAGGUAACUAACACGGUGAACAAUAUUUAGCCGUAUGUUGCGCUGCAAUUCUAUUCAUUCUGUUCAAGACUCUAACUUCUUUACAAGAUGGUAAGAUUCUCAAAGGAUACUUCUUUAGCAGACCUAUUGGACAUCAGGUAAUCAGACUGACUAGUUUACUAUAUAAAUUUAGACAGUACUAGUCCCAAUCGAAGUAAAACAAGUUCGCAACCUAGAUCUAUGCGACGAUAACACCGACAAUAAUUCCGUUGGCGUUCAGACCACAAGAGAAGUCGCAUUACACAGUUGA